GAGGUGUGCGGCAAGUAAAAUUUUCGACCUCCGCGAACUCCGCGAAUCCCGACGAAACAUAAAUAUAGCGACACGAUGGCCGAAUUUAAUAGCUGGCUUAGCUCGAAACUGAAAGCUUCCAACGCGGAUGAGAGUGUGUUCGGCUCGUACAUAACCGGAAUCCUCGAAGGAGACGAAAAUGAUGAGGAAAAAAUGGAAGCCUUGGAGGGUAUUCUCAGCGCAAUCAUUGAAACAGAUCUGGAACCGUUCAUCAAAGAAAUACUCGACAAGUGGAAAAUUUGUCACGAUCGAGAGUCGGCCAACGGCACCGGCUCCAAGCCGACGAUGGACGUUGAAGUGCGUCUGGCCAAACUGUUGGAGGGCCAAAAAUUGGCCACCAAGGUAGAACGCGAGUACACCGAAGAGGAACGGCGAAUUAAGGAGCAAAUACUGUCGCAAUACAGCCAGCUUUCCGAAAGUGAGCAUGAAGAUGCCGACGAGGAAGGGGCUAGUUCUGCCGAUCCGAAGCUGGUCAAAAACACAAACGUUGCCGAUGUACUGGCCCUGGCCAAAGAGAAACGUGAGCAGGCUAAACUCGAGAGCCAGCAAAAGAAGGAAAAGGACAAACAGGAUCGAGAGAAGCAACGACAGUUACGCGAAGAAAAGAAAGAAAAGCGAAAAACCGUCAAAGGUGAACGGAGGCGGUAGCAACAACCGGGCACUUGCGGUCAGUUAUUUUUUAUUGUUUCAACCAAGCACUGCUGCUGCCGGUGCUUGACGUUCGCUCCCCCCUUCCUGUAUAUCACUAAAUGUGUUCCCUCCUGAGUGAUGCAAAAUAUACGAAAAUCUCUGU